UACCGCACUGAGGUCUAUCGAUCCAUGUACAAAUCGCUGGAAUCGGAAGGGGACAUCUCGAAAGGUUCCCUCGUAAGUGUCACUUCAAGUGAGAGACACUUCGAAGUGUGUGCAGCAAAAUUGGAGGGUAUUUCUCCCUGGAUUUAUCAUAAUGUGUUAAAUAAUGCAUUGCUAGACAUAAACCAAAAAUUCACUUGAUCUUUAAGAUUAAGUCAUAAAUAAAGAUUCAGUCCCGAUUCGUCGACACUCACUCUCACACCGCCCCCUCCCCGCCUUUGAAAUUCUUUGAUGUAUAUUCUCUGAAGUGUCCUAUUUGUCGACGAACCGGGACGAUACCAUAAAUAAAGAUUUAAAUAAUAUUUAAAAAAUGUUAUACAGCAUUAAAGCAUAGUCAUAGAGAUUCAGUCCCGAUUCGUCGACAAAUUAAUAAAAUAUAAUUGAAAUUCCCUACUCGUCGACAAAUUCAUAUAUAUGCAAUAAAACAUAAUUCCUAAUAGUAAGUAUUUAUUUCUAAUCAAGAGCAGAAAUUAAUCAACCAGCUUUAUAAUUAAUGAUAUUUAUAAAACGAUGCAUUCUUAAAACAGUGCGAGAUGUAUAAAUACGUUUAGUUUUCUGAAUCUGAUUACAACAGAAAAUUAUUGAGUAUUUUUCGUAACUUACUCAACUUUUUAAAAAUAAUGUAUUCAAUUGUCGAAACAGAGAGAGGUAAGACUUGUUUGUUAUUUUUAGGAUAUCGGUACUUAAAAGACCGAGUGCGAAAUGAAAACACGUACUGGCAUUGUGAAAAUCGUUCAACCUGCAAUGAUCGUGCUGUUCAAAGAGGAUCCGAACCCCCAGUUGUUUCAACACUGCAUAACCAUGAACUGAAUAGAGAGCGAAAUGAGCGAGAGGAAUUUCGCACAAGUUUGAAACGACGUAUCCGGGAAGAACCAGUAUCGGUCAGGAAAUUGUUUCGUUCGGAACUAGUGAAGAUUCAAACAACAAGUCCAGAUAAUGUGUCUACAUUACCACAAUUCGAUACAAUUAAGAAUUCUUUAUAUCGGACAAGAAAUGAAAAAUAUCCACCAUUACCGAAAUCCAUUGACGAUGUAAAACUCGAGGAUAAGACAGCUGAUGAUCUUAGAAACUUUGAUUAA